UUUAUGUUCCUCUUCUCCUCACUUUAGCUAUGUAGCAACUGAUGUGUUUUCAUAGCUAAACUAACUCUGCGAAGAAGGAAUGGAAAGGUCAGAGGUCAACAUUUAUCAGUGAGAUAAAUUAGACAACAACAAAAAGGGUCUUUAAAAUUCCUCUUUUUUAGCAGGACGGCAGUUUUCUGUCACUGAGAUCCACAUCUUUUUAUUUUUUUAUACAUUCUGCCAAGAAGACUUAAUUACUUGUAUCUCCUUAUGCUCCUUCUCGGUUUGACAUCCCUCUUACCCUGAUGCCUACUAGUUUUUCUUCUUUUUUUUUUUUUUGUCAUCUGUGAAUACACCCGGAUGAGCAGAAGUGGCGUAGUGUGCCAGGCUGCUUUUUUUGUCACUGAUACUGACCCACAAACAAAGCCAAGUUUAGCUCAGCCUGCAGGGCAUGUAUAGCAGGAUACACAAGAAUAUUCUCACAGAAAAAUGAUCUGAAUAAAUUACUUCUGUUUUUACAAAAGUGCAUUAAAAAAAAGGUUUUAUUUUUUUCAGAGCAUGUUUGAAAUGUUAGCCUGCAGCCCGUGGAGUGUUAUUUCUGAUUUGAAUUCCUAAAAAAUCUGCAGCUUCCUUCCAAGCUCUGAAACAGGAAGUAGAACUCUGGUAGUCUUCCGCUCGUCUUGUUUAUUGGAACCCGCCUUCCUGUUUUCAGAUUCAUCCCGAUAAAGACAAAAAAAAAAAAAAAAUCCCCCAGCUGAAAGCUGCACACCAACAAACAAGCAUCCUCCCUCUGUCCCGUCCUUUCACACUCACCCCUCCUUCUCUUUACCGUCUUACAGAAGAGACUCUUAAAAAGUGAGAAAUUCCCAUCGCUGACAUCCCUGAACCCCUUUUCACACAUUCCAGCUGUCGUGUGCGCUGGCACCCACACGCUGAAGGGCCCAAAUUGAUUGAUUAACUUGAGGUGAUUGCAGUUGGGAUCAAAAGAGUCAGAUGUCACAACGUGAACUGGUAAGAUGGGUUCAAAAGGGGUGUGAACUUGUGCAUGUGUCUGUGUGUUGAACACAGUGCCAUGGUGCACCCAAGCCAGAAAAGUAUGCAGGUCAGUCCAGCGGGAAUGUCAGGAAUGUCCGAGUAAUUCAAAGUCUGAUACCAGAGGAAAAGACUACCUGGAAAUGUUUUUUAUACCAUAAAAAACUGGGGGUGGAAUCAUCUAUUUGUGAGUACUAGAGCACUAUUGGAGUCUCAAUGGUCACGUUGGCCCCCCCAUAUGUCCACAGCAUCCUCCCCAGUCUCCAAACUCCUUCUGAGAAAAUGUAGUCUGUUUUCCCAAACACCUGCACUCCAAACAAAACUUGGACUUGACCUCCCAGCUGUUCUCACAUGAGCUGCAGCUUAUGCAUCCAGUUCCCAUGGCUUUACUAAGCCUUUCAUUUGAUAUCACAACAUAUCUGCCCCCCCUGAAUCCCUCUCCACCUCCCUCCCUCCAUCUCCCUCCCUGUCUGGCUGGCUGGCUUUUUCACGGCAGCCUGUUUUCUCUCAGCAGCUUUGACAAAGACUGGUGAAAUAAUUACAGCUGGGUCUAAACUGAGCGUGUUUGUCUUCGGUAAUUCCCCCCCAAAAAAUCUGUAAGUGUGGUGAGUGUUAUGAAGAGGAAGAGGACGAUUGUUCUGAAAUUGAGGGAUGAAUGAGAUCAUUUCAAAGGGUUCAGUUUUAGUCUGAAAAUUAAAAAAAAAAAGUCCUGGGGAGGACUAUUCACUUCUUCCAUACCAUCCAUUGUUUUUAUUUCAACCUAUAGAAUUUUCUAUCAUGCUUACACUAUUUGGGGGAAAAUCUUUGCUAAAGUUGUGGAAAAACCUGCCGUCUGUUUGAGCCAGGAUGUCUUUUGUGACAGCAGGAAGGCAGUCUUGAGGAAGUUUGCAAGUGAGGGAAAGAGAAAAACAGUUUUAGCCAAUAAAAAAUGUGUCUGAAUUAAAAAAAAAAGAACAAAAUCGACAAUGUGACUAAUCCUACAGUCAUUUACAUGGGAAAAAAUGCUGUCAUCUUUGCAACUUUGGAAGUUCCAUAACAGGAGAGGUCACAUGGAGAUGAGGCUGCUGUAAGUCACAGUGACAGUUGCGGAUGAGUUAUCAGGAGAGUGUGGCAUGUAAAUCACCAUAUUACCACAGUUGCUGCUUACACCCCCCCUCAAGAACUGUGGCUGUAAAGCGGACGAGGGAGCGCAGAGCUGCUCCACGGACAAGCAAGGGAAGCAUGGACAUGCAGAGAUAUUUACAUACAGUCAGACAGACUUCCUGGCAUUGUCAGCCUGAGAGCGUUGAUGUCAGAUCCACUCCUUCCUGUGCAGGAGGGAGAACGCCACGCUGUGACAAUGGGCCCAAAACAGGACAAAGAGGAAACGUUUAAAUUUAGGCCCCCUUCUUCCACCAUCUCCUCUUUCAGGGCUGUGGACUUAUGGAGCUGUUUAGUUUGGUGAGUUCCUUCAGUCCCCCUCCACACACACCCACCCUCCAGCUCCCUCUCCCCAUUGUGUCACUUGAAUAGAAGGAUUUUCACAUUCAGAGCAAAUCCCAAAGGAGGAUCAGCCAGAGACCAGAGUUCAGUCAAUCACUUGUUUUCACUGAUGUUCCUUUAGAAGUUAUAAGUGCUUUUGUAAUAAAACCAUCCAACAAAUAUGAGUAUGACCAAAAGAAGAAAAAAAAAACGUGACUUGCAAUAGAAAAGAAGUGGUACAACAGUCAUGUGGGACGGAAGAAACGUGAGAACAAUCCCGAAUAAGUGAUUUAUAAUUUUUAGUACUUUUUAAGACCCUACUAAGCCUUUAACUAUCUGUUAUUAGUACUUUUAACUGAAAAUAAUUAUAGUUUUUAUGUUCUAGUGUGUGUGUAUGUGUGAUACUAAUGUGUGUGUGUGCGUGCGUGCGUCAGGAUGUGUUGUUUCUGUGUGCGUAAAGAGCUUUAUCACUAAUCAGAGUGUCGGCGUCUGCUGAGGCGCACGGGGCAAGAGUUCACCGGUCACCGUCUAAACUUUUUUUUUUAAGUUCGAGCCUCACUUUAGAAAGUUUGGAGGAAAAAAAGUCAAAUGAGAGGCGCAAAGGGAGUUCCUAUCACCACCAGAGCGGCCGCCUCUCCGCCCGCGGAUGGCAGCAGUUAGGACAGCGGUGGACGUCAGCCGGUGGCUGAGCUAAACUUCACGGAUCGCGGCGCAGAUGUCCGUUUAAACCACCCAGAUUUGGUGCUUGAGAACGCGAGUGGGCCUGAACAUGAUGCCAACUGGAACUGAUAGCUGACACUGUAGAAUGAGAGAGGAUGGAACAGACAGUCAACCCUGCCCCUGACAGCAGUAACCCUAAUGGGUUUGUCAACCGAGUGUUUAAUGUUUCUUUGGACGUGGAGAAUGAGAGCGGCAGUGUUUAUAUUCAGGAGGCUGGGCCAGGAAAUGUGGACGGGCAAGGAGAGAUCCAGGCCGCCUCUUCUCAGAUCCUUGUCAAGGACAGACAAGAGGUCAGUCGGAGGCCCCGUGCCACAGGGGGCAUCUGGAAGAUCUUGAACAGAAAGAGAGCCGUGUCGGAGCUGGAGAGGAGACCCCACUCUAUGAUCCUACCUGGGGAGACUUCCAUCCCUAAACUCUCUUUUGCUGAUAAAGUUCGGUCUUUUAAGAAGCUGAAAUCCCCUGCUGUGUUCAGAGGAAAGACGGGAAAACUGUCCACGGCCAAGUUCAGUAGCUCCCUGGUGGACGAGGAGUUGUUCUGUCGGGACAUUGGUACUCCUCAGCAGACCAGCAGAGGGACGCUUAGAAACAGAGGCAAGAGGCAUUCUUAUGCUGGCUAUACAGCAGAGUUUGAGUGUUCGCUGGAAGAAAUAGACCUCACUUCUCCAACAGAUGGCACUCAGCCCGCUGUCGUCGCAGAUGCUGUGGCGCAGAAUGGUUGCAAACCCUCGGACAAAGUUUCGUACACUAAGAGAAGCAACAACACGUCAUCCAACUGCAAUAAAUCAACCGCAGGAUGUGAAGAAGCUGGCGUAAAGAGUAGCCAAAGGCACCCUCCCAAUGGAGGGAAACGACAUAAAGACGUGUGGAGUUACUUGAGGAGGAUUUCCCUCUUGGGGAAAGCCAAUCCCGUCUACUCUGAGAGGAGCUUUGACUCAGAACUUCCCUCGUUGGACAAAACUAUGGACUCAGACUAUGGUUCUGUAGAUUUUGAAAGUGUUAGAGACUUUCAGCCGCCGCCCCCAAAGCACACUGACACCAAGGGACACUUUGGGGGUCUGUUCAAAUUUUUCAACAGUGUAGCAGAAUCCGCCAGAAAAUGGCGGACAACAUCUCGCUCUUUUUCACCUCCAGAGGGGGAGAAGACUCCUAUGAGCUCCCCACAAACUCUGCAGCGUGCAGUGGACAAUGUUCCUUGUGCGUCACUAACACUUCAAAAUGAAGAAGCUCCAAAUUCCAAGCCAACCCCAUCCCCACCACUUACCGCUAAUUCCUCGCACUCCAGUAACUUGAACAGUGAAAUAUCGUCAAGCAGACGAUCCCCUGAAAUUGUCUUAAAAGCCUUUAGGCCUUGUUCUGGAUCCCAAGCAUCUAACGGCCUUCAGAGAUUCGAUGUGGAAGUCAAUUCUAUGAACACAGAGUCCAAUCAAAAGUUUACAGCUAUUGUGGAGAAUCACAUUCCUCGUGUGGGCUCGAAAACGGAAACUGAAACAGAUGUGAGGGUUAGAAGUAAUCAAUUGAACGGGAAUUGUCAAGAGGAAAAGGUAGAAGGACAAACAGGAAAUGAGCAGAAUUCCAAGGAUGCUCCACUUGACUCCCACCAGAUACAGGAAGUGAAUAUCCAAUCCCAAGAAGGUGAUAAAAAGAGCACAACCAAUAGCAUACGGCCAUCAAACUCUACGGAGGAGAUAUUUAAGCUGUGUGAGCAGAUUGCCAACCAGACAGGCAGCAGUAUAAGACAGCUGGGUCCAACCGUGCCCCACUCUAGCACAGAGAAGACCUCUGUACCCCACAAGCGGCUAAGGUCCCGUCCUCGCCCGGCCUCAGCUGUACUGGACCAGAGGAGGCCCUUUCCAGAGCUCUUCACCCAUUAUAGCGAGGUCGGCUCGCUGUCCAGGCUGAGACGCAGGCCUGCUCCCACCAUGCAACUCUCUCCAGGGCAGAGACGGAUGGCUGCACGCUCCAGGCCCUGUUCCGUCAUAGAGAGCAGUGUUACUAGAGAGCCACAGUCCACGGAGCUGCACCAACGAGCCUUGUCUCGCCCUCCUGGAGUGUCACCACUCGAGCCCCCACAUAGAGCGUCUCUGCAGCGGUGUCGGUCCCUGCCUCUUCCCCCCAGCACCCUCACUGCCUUGGCUUUGCUCUUGCCCCAGUCAGUACAAAUGGGUCAAACGUCCUCAUCGGUGCGCUUAAGGUCGGGAGACUCUGGGAGCUGCAGGAGGAGGAGGCUGCUAAGACCUGGAUCUGAACCGCUGCAAGUCAACAUUUUGAUAAGUGGAGGAUCAGUCGUCAACGCUGAGGCAGUAUGGGACCAUGUCACCAUGGCGGAUCGGGAGUUGGCGUUUAAGGCGGGCGACGUCAUCAAGGUGCUGGACGCCUCCAACAAGGACUGGUGGUGGGGCCAGAUAGAUGAGGAGGAGGGAUGGUUCCCCGCCAGCUUUGUACGGGUGGAACCCCACCCUCCUCAGCCCCAAACAAAACAGGUUUUCUAUAUCAACCCUAUAGCAACUCCAAGGUUCCAAAACACAGCGUCAAAGCUGUGGGUGAAUCAAGAGGACGGGGGAGUGGAGCCGGCCGAGGGGACCAGCGAGGUGCAGAACGGGCACCUGGACCCGACGAACGACUGCUUGUGUCUGGGUUCGCCCCUCCAAAACCGGGACCAGAUGAGAGCCAACGUCAUCAAUGAGAUCAUGAGCACAGAGAGACACUACAUCAAACACCUCAAGGACAUCUGUGAGGGCUACUUGCGGCAGUGCAGGAAGCGCGUGGACAUGUUCAACGACGACCAGCUAAAGGUCAUUUUUGGGAACAUCGAGGACAUCUACCGCUUCCAGAUGGGUUUUGUUAGAGAUCUGGAGAAACAGUACAACACAGAGGAGCCGCAUCUGUCUGAAAUCGGCCCCUGCUUUUUAGAACAUCAAGACGGUUUCUGGAUCUAUUCAGAGUAUUGCAACAACCACCUGGAUGCAUGUAUGGAGCUGAGCAAACUGAUGAGGGAUGGCAGGUACCAGCACUUCUUUGAAGCUUGUCGCCUCCUCCAGCAAAUGAUUGACAUCGCCAUAGAUGGCUUCUUGCUCACCCCCGUCCAGAAAAUCUGCAAAUAUCCCCUCCAGUUGGCGGAGCUCCUUAAAUACACAGCGCAGGAGCACAGCGACUAUCGAUACGUGGCAGCCGCCCUGGCUGUCAUGCGGAACGUCACUCAGCAGAUCAAUGAGAGGAAGAGGAGGCUGGAAAACAUUGAUAAGAUCGCUCAGUGGCAAGCCUCAGUUCUCGACUGGGAGGGAGACGAUAUCUUAGACAGGAGCUCGGAGCUUAUCUACACCGGGGAGUUGUCAUGGAUCUAUCAGCCGUAUGGACGCAGCCAGCAGCGAGUCUUUUUCCUCUUUGAUCACCAGCUGGUUCUCUGUAAGAAGGAUCUGAUCCGCCGAGACAUCCUGUACUAUAAAGGCCGCAUCGACAUGGAUCGCUACGAGGUCCGGGACGCCAUAGACGGGCGCGAUGAUGACUUCAAUGUUAGUGUGAAGAAUGCUUUUAAAUUGUACAACAAAGACAGCGAAGAGAUCCACAUAUUCCUGGCUAAAAAGCCAGAGGAAAAGAUCCGCUGGCUCAGGGCAUUCCACGAGGAGAGGAAGAUGGUCCAGGAGGAUGAGAAAAUCGGUUUUGAGAUCUCUGAGUACCAGAAGCGACAGGCGGCCAUGACAGUGAGGAAGGUGACCAAACAGAAAGAUUCAUUUAUAGAUUUCAUCUUGAGAAAGAGGGCCAUGUUGUAUGGACAUGGUUUGAAAAUGAUAAAGGUGUAAACAGAUGUACGCCCCCCUCAUACCCGCCCCCCCAGGAUCCCCUCAGUGCGGGGCAGUAUGAGGUAAUGGAGGACAUGGCACAAGGAGAGGUUUUUGAAUUCAGUCAAUCCAAAAGAGGCCAGGCUCCUUUCUGGCAGAAUUUUAGUAGAUUAGCUCCAUUUAAGAAAUAGAGAAACAGACUCUUCUGAAGGACCAGCUAUUUUUCUUAGAAGCACUAAACACUGGAUUGCUAUGUUCCAUGGUGAAGAAGAUACAAAAAAAAAACACAUUCACAAAAGACUCUGAAGUUAAGGACCAAUGCGAUUAGAAGGUUUUACUGGAAGCAUCAAGAGGACUUAAAAGGAUUCAGAAAAACUCAACAGUUUUACAGCUCAUGUAUGUUAGUAAUGUUCUUAGUUGUCAUCCUUCUUCGGCUCAAUCAUGAACGUUUUCCCUCGGAUUCUGCAUCUUCACGCCAUCUGAAUGUUCUGCAGUUAUUGAGAUUGUUAUUUAAUUUUGGUUUCGUCGUUUGGAGAGAGACUGCAGGUCGAGCCAGGUCCCUCCUGGCUGCUUGACUGUUGCUUAGACCUUGCUGUGCUGCUAUGUGAGAAUGCCCGUUUGUGUUCUUCUGAAUGUGGGAUGGAGCGACCUCAGCAGCCUGGACGGGACAAGCCCCGCUGUCAGUUUCACCUUUAAGUUGGAUCGCUUUGAUAAAUGAUCAAAGACGGAUCGUCUCAUCCGACUCCACUGAUGUCUCAAUUGGGAUCUCCUUGCUCUCAGUCCUCCUUUGUCAAACAGAUUAUCUUCUUCCUUCUCUCCAUCCCUCUCAGUAUCUCCACACAACUGCUGUUUCUUUUUUUUUUUUUGAGUCAGUGGCUCUUGAAGGAUUUUUUUUUUUUUUGACGAACCUGCCAUGGUAUGAUGUGUCAGGGAACAAAUCAAUAGUCGGAACAUCAAUAGGUCAUUUACGUUCCAUCACCAACCACUUGUGACAGGGUAUUCGCUCACACUGAGGCUCAGUGUGCUGUGUCCAACAGAGAGCUUGCUUAGAUGAAGCGGCUGGGAGCAGGAGACGGGCAGGUUUUGGUACACCUGUCUUAUGCCCCAGCCCCUUCUCCCAUCCUCCCUGGAGACCACUCCUGUAGCACUUUGCUGGCAGCUCGCUGGGUGUUUGGAAAGAGCACAGCCUACCUCUGGGAAUGAGCAGUAAAAGUCAAGUUGACGCAUCAGCCAAGGUGUAAAAUUUCUCGUAAAAAAAUAAAUAAAUAAAAAGAACUUCUUUAGUUAAUGAUUUUGUAGUGUUGACACUGUAAAUUUAGUUCUUAUUUGAUCUGAACCUGGGCCAUUCAAACAUGUGGUGCUAAGAUGUGAAAAUUGAAGCCUCUAAAGGUGUUUGAUAAAUGAUCAAAAAUAAGGUUAAAUUCAGGUGCUUUGAGUUACAACUGAGAAUGAGUCCAAAACAGCAGUUAUCUGAGGAGGUAGGAAAGGUCCACUGACAGACUCAUGCACCUCUAAAGUCUGUAGGUUUAGAUCCUAGCUUGCUCCCCCGUCACUUUGUUGUUGUUUUUUUCUCCCCCCCGAUCUGAUUUGUCCUCGGACAGUUAGCUCUAGCACUGUUAAGCGGUUUUCCGAACGACUGUGGCCUGAUCAAAUCGAUUUGUUUAAUCACCAAAGUCCCCGAGGCUGCUCUGUGACCAGAGUCUGCUUUAGAUACAGUCCUUCUCCCGAGGCGACUGAGGAGGAUCUACCACUGUACACUCAUCAUGACGGUGUAUUUCUUCUCUACUCUUGGAAUGUGAGUGAGACAUUUGUCCAUGCUUCGUGAUCAUGCCUCAGAAGUACCUUUUGUGUUUGGAUUAUACCACCUGAUGGACAGAACAAAUACAGUAUGACAACUUGUGCAAUGUGAUAUAUCAUUAUAUAUCUUCACUAUUCACUACGGCGUGACAUGAAAGAGUUAUAUAUUGUUCUGUGUCAUUUGUUUGCCUUCUUAUAGGCCUUAUAACCUAUUGGAACAAAGAUCCUUAGAACUGCUUUGUAUGUCGUGUAAUUUAUGUUUUGUUUCAGUAAAAAAAAGUUGAGAAAUGGGCGAUUUGGCUGCUGGUGUCUGUAGAGAUGGCUCCCGCUGAGAUUGUUUUGGAAGAUAAUUCCGUUGCCUGGCACAGCAAAAAGACACGGUUCCCAGGCCAUGAUAACCUCAGGUCCCGUGCCCCGCCCUAAUCCAUCCAGUACUCGCUACCACCACCCAUACCACCGGUACCAAGCAUACUGGCAAACACACACCCCGGCGCACAAUCCCGUGCACUUGUUGGCCCGUUCUGCUGCGGAGAAGAGAGAUGCUAUCUAACAGUGCCUUCCAGCAUUCCACUAGUGAUUAUCUAUUCAGUUUCACAGGCAGAUUUGAAUUAGUCAUGUAUUUUCCCUUCAGUGCAUUUCUUCCUUUUCUCUCUGCGUUCUCUGCUCUCACACACGCAGGGAAUUCCUUGUUCCCGGCGCUCCAGAUCCACUCGGACAAAAACUCAGAGGGCAGACUUUUUUUUCCGUGCGAGUAGAUAAAACUCGGAAACCCCUGCAUUAUACUCCAUCAUGCUUACAUAGCUGCGAAUUUAGCUGCAUUGAAAGACUCUCACUCUAAUUUCAGGUGUGUUAGAAACCGCAUAGAUUUCUUGUUAACUAUUUAUCUUCCUAAAAGACGGCUUAAUAUAUGGUAGGAUAUUUUUCUUUGUUAAUCAAGUUAAGUUUCACUUUUCAAAUAUAGUAUCAUAAUGAAUAGUGCAUUAUGAAUAAAAGAAGAGUCAUCUAUUUUACCUUUGUCAGCUACACACUGUAAAUACUGUAAAAAGAACAGAUCAUAUAUUUGGAUAUUGGUAUUUUGCGUUGGAAACGAAUGUUGUUCCAGUUCUAGCGUGCGGUAGACCUCAGUACCAGGUAAAUGCAUGCUUGUGGCAUCCAAUAUUUU